AGCAGUGCUGCAGUGGAGACUGGUCAAGUAUUCUCUUGGAAGAAAAUUACAACUGAAUCCUCAAGUAACCAGCAGAAUCUCUGUUCAGACUGAGCGAUGGACUCUGAGGCCAGCGGGACGAUGGAGGUGGCGGCGCUCGGUCGGCCUUUCAGCCCCGGGAUGUUGUACGACUGCCGCAAAGACUCACUCGUCCCUGGAAUGACAUUGUGGGACCGAGAUGACCUGAGAAAUCAUAUUGGAGAAAGACCACAGAGCUAUAAUGAUUUUGAGAUAGUUGCAUCUGAAUCAAUUGCAGAUAAAUCAUCAGCACUAAAUGUUGAAGCAUCUCUGAAGGCAAGUUUCUUAAGUGGACUGGUGGAGGUUGGAGGAUCGGCCAAAUACCUGAGCGAUAGUAAGACUUCCAAAAAUCAGGCCAGAGUAACACUGAUGUACAAAGCUACCACAAAGGUUCAGGAACUGUCCAUGAAUCAUCUUGGAAGAGACAAUGUGAAGCAUCCAUAUGUCUUUGAUAAAGGAUUAGCAACACAUGUAGUCACAGCUAUUCUUUAUGGGGCACAAGCCUUCUUUGUCUUUGACCGUGAAGUGUCCGAAAAGGAAGAUCAUCAAGACAUUGAGGGCAACUUGAAGGUGAUGAUCAAGAAGAUUCCCAAAAUUGCAAUAGAGGGUGAAGGUUCACUGAAAAUGAAAGACAAGGACAGAGAAAAUGUUGAGAAAUUCUCCUGCAGAUUCUUUGGAGACUUUUCCCUUCAGAAGCCUCCUACAUCCUUUCAGGAUGCGGUAGAGGUCUACCAAAGUCUGCCAAAAUUGUUGGGAGCCAACGGAGAAAAUGCCGUACCAGUGAAGGUCUGGCUGUUGCCACUGACGAGUUUAGAUUCUUCUGCUGCAAAACUCGUGCGUCAGAUAAGUAUAAGAUUAGUUCAUGAAUCACAGAGUGUCCUGGAGGACUUCAGUGAGCUGGAAAUGAGGUGCAGUGAUGCACUGAGAACCACCACUGCACAGCAGUUCUCACAGAUCAGCAAGAAGAUUAAAACUUUUAAAGAAAUGUGCUCAGAGUUCAAGCUGGAAUUCCAACGAACCUUGGCAAAGAAACUUCCAUCAAUCCGAGGAGGAGGAGAAGAGGAGGCUGAGCUCGCAGAGAUCCUGAAGAAGAGACAUUCUUCUCCUUUCAACAGCAAAGAACUGAACGAGUGGAUGGACUGUAAAGAGAGAGAAAUCUGCAUCUUAAAGUCUUUCACCAACAUGAUGAAAAACACCAAGAUCGUUCCAUCUCAAAAUCACCUCUACAACGAAAUUCACAGUGCAGAGCAUGCAGUGUGUUUUGUUUUCACCUCACUGGGAAGUGCCGAACCCUUCCUCUCAGCUUUAUCAAACUACUUAACAGAAACACCCAAACCAGACGAACCUCGAGAUGCACAUACUGAUGAUGUAGAGAGAGAACAAUGGUACACCUCAAAAGAAGUUUUAGCUACAAUGAGUCACAAAGCAAAGCUCUUCAGUGACUUUGCAGAGGCCAACAAGGAGAACAAGAACAUUAAGUUCUUGACAGUUGGUUCAACAAAUGAGACACACAAAGGUUCAAGCAUCUACCUUUAUGAAGACGGCUUUUCAGUCAGUGAGAACUUUGAGCCGCCUUCAAAGCCUGAAACAGUGACAGUCACUGAAACAAACCACAACAGUGUGACACUGAAGAUUUCUCCACCAAAGUUUGGAGCAGAGAACAUCACCUCCUACUCUGUUGAGUACUGUGUCAGUGGAGAUGAUGGAUGGAAACAGAAGACAGCAUCAGAAGCUGAAGAAGUCACAGUGAGCGAUCUGAGUCCUAACACAGAGUACAUGUUCAGGUGCAGAGCAGUGACCUCAGCAGGCGUUGGACCAGCCAAUGAAAUAAUGUCACACAAUGAUCCUCUUUUGAGUAUGGGGGCAACCGGAAGUGAUCUGUUCUCUGAGCACGACUGGAUUAAACUUGAGCCUGAAGUGAACUGUGUGGAUGCAGACGAUGCUCCAGCUUACAGCCUGCAGUCUGAAGCAGGUGCCUUCGAAUGCAGUGUCUCUGGCUUGCGCUGGGUUUGCAAGGAAAAGGUCAGCUUCAAGUACCAGUUUGGCUCUUGGAAGGAGCACGCGGACAGACUGGAAACCAUGCAGUACAUCCCUGGAGGUCCCCUACUGGACAUUACAGUCAUUGCUGGAAAGUUAGAUGAAGCACAUUUGCCACACUGGAUCUGCACAGAAGACAACCCUACAGUUUUAGACAAGUUUGCAGUCCUCCACAUAGAUACAUGUGGAGACAUUGUGGAACAAGUGUCUGAGGUCACAUCAUCCCAUGUCAAGUUGUCUCAGCCAGCUUUCUCUCCAAGAGGAGUCCUGAUGAGAGCCGGCUUCCCCGUGAGAAUUAACUGUAAAGUGUUGAUAUACAAGACCACCAAAACAUUCCUCACACUGCAUGUCUAUGUGAUCCCUUGUGAUCCAGCUCUAGAAGAGAAAAUACAGAACAAGGAAUUAUCCAGUGGAUACAAAAUGAUCCAAAAGCCAUACCCAGCAAAAUACCUGAAAAUGCGUGGCUAUUUCAUCCUCACAGCCGAUAUGGACGCUGCAGAAAUUAACCCCGAGAAAUUAAAGCUCAUAUAUGAGUGGUGUGACCCAAACUUCUUCGAAGUGUUCAUUGACGAUCCUGACAGUAAUUUCCAGCUCGGACUCAGACACACAACAAGUGAACAAGUGUGGACCAGUGCAAUUCGAAAAAAUGACUAUCAAAACACUGGUGAUGUUCAGGUGAUGUAUGACAAGGAGCUUGCCAGACUGAGGCCUAAACUUGUCGGCAGGGUGUGCAGAGAGCUUAUCAAUCAGCUGCUGGAUGAUCUGUUAGAGGGUGGUGUCUUGAAUGACGGGGAGAAAGACUCGAUACUUCAGGAGAACAGUACCAGUGCAAACAGGGCACGCCGCCUCAUCGACAUGAUACGGAAGAAAGGACGCGAAGCCAGCAGGAAGUUGUUAACUCACCUUCAAAGCAGAGACCCUACGCUUUGUGCUGAGCUGGGGCUGCCCUCUGGCCUACCUGUUUAGUCAGGUAAGGUCUGUCUCAGCAGGGCUGGCCAACGUUCAUGAGCGAGGGAGGCUUUGAUCUUAUUCAUAUUUCAGUUUAGUGCACUUGAACAAUUAUCUGAUGGCACUGAUAUGUAUUUUGGUGCAAAGACUGAAGGAGAGAAACGCAAACUCAACCGUGCUGCUGAUACAAAGAAAUGAAAAUGCAUUAUGCACUAAAAGUCAUAUCAGGUGACAGACAUGAUCAGUGGUUGAGUUGUUAAUAUGUUAAAUCAACUCUUAAGAGCUUGAUCAGCGCUGCACUGAUCACUAUUUUUGUACUAAGGGUACAGUGUGUAGGAUUUAGGGGGAUGCAUUGGCAGAAAUGAAAUCUAAUUCAUAGAGUAUAAUCACCUGAAACUAAGAAUGGUUGUGUUUUCAUUGCCUGAAGGAGCCAUUUAUAUCUAUAUACAGAGUGGGUCCUCUUCCACACAGUCGUCCAUGUUGUUCUCCAGUUCGCCCAGAACAGAGAAACCAAACAGAGGCUCUCGUCAGGACCAUUGUGUGUUUGCGUUGGCCACUGUCGUUCUCCUACACACAACUAAGUGGUGAACACAGUGGAGCAUUGAGCAGCUUAAGAGCUUGAUAUUAGGAGAAGGUUAAGACUAAAACAUAUUUAAAAAGAGAGCAUAAUACUAACGCUGGAUUAAUUUCUUGUGUGGACUGAAACUGUGUCUGCUGAUAACGAUAAACAAAAUUAUAUUAUUCAUGUGAACAAAAAUGGAGGGUACUGUUUUUUGGUUGUUGUUUUUUUGUUAAUUAAGGUCAAUUUUUGGAAGCUACUUGGAUAUUUACUGAUGGGUCAUUAAGUUUUGUCUUUACUAGGUGUGGAAGAAUGUCUGUGAAUGAAAAGAUAAUUCAUGUUGUUUCUGGUAUUUGUAUGAAUCUUACCUGCAAGGUGAAGGAAAAUAAAGUGGCUGCUAUCUGUGCUUAAA